AUGGAUGCCGAACCGAUCGCGGUUCGGGUGUACGUGCGACCGCUUGAGAUCACUCUACCAACAGACGACUUCACCACAACUGCUAACGAUCCACCACCACCACCACUUCCAGAGAAAGCUCCUCCACCUCCACCACCAGUACCACCUACAGUCUGGUCGACAAUGUCAUCUAGAAUCGAAGCAGAGACCUCCGUGAAACGAUGGUCAACGCCAGUUGUGAAAACGGAAGAAGGACAACCACCUGGACCAGUAAGUAAUGCAAUUCCAUGCAGUCUUCAGAGAAAUCACAAAUCGUAA